CAGCAGACCAAUAUUCUAAUGCCCGACUGCCAAUUCUUGUGACCUGGUGUUUUUUUCCACCUGAAUAUCCUUUCUUUCUUUUCUGAAUAUAAUAAGAUGGCUACGCCUCAAAUACCAUUCAUUAGUGCACCGUCUAAAAAGACAGAUGAUGUAGAUUGGGUACAUCCGCUCAAAAAAUACAUUGCUCGUUUCUACCAAGACGAUCCUGAAAAAUAUAAAGAAGAAACUCAGUCUUUCAAUAGGUUACGCCAAGAUAUUCGUGGUGCAGGAAAGGAUAUUACCGGAAGAGACUUACUUUAUCGGUAUUUUGGUCAAUUGGAAUUGCUCGACCUGCGCUUUCCUGUGGAUGAGAAGCAUGUCAAAGUUUUGUUUAAUUGGUAUGAUGCAUUCAACAAUCGUGCUAUAUCCCAAUACUCGUUAGCUUUUGAAAAAGCCAGUGUAAUUUUUAAUGAGGCUGCUACACUUUCUGCUAUUGCUAGCUCGCAAAAUCGAGCAGAGACAGAGGGCCGUAAAAAGGCUUUUCGUUAUUUCCAGGUUUCAGCAGGCAUGUUCCAAUAUAUCAAUGACAAUUUCUUGCAUGCUCCCUCAGAAGACCUGAGUCGUGAAACUGUCAAUGUUCUGUCGGAACUCAUGUUAGUACAGGCCCAGGAAUGCUUUUUGGAAAUUAGUUUACGUGAAAAGACAAAGGAUAAUUUGAUUGCCAAACUCGCCAGUCAUGCAUGUUGGGCCUAUGGCAACUUGGUAGAUUCUUUGGGCGAUGCUGUGACAAGAGGAGUGGGUGUAGAUAAGUCUUGGAUAUUGGUUUGUCAGAUUAAGCAGAAAUAUUAUUCCGCUAUUGCUCAAGAGCAUAAAGCCGCUGCCUGUGAAGCCGAGGGAAAAUAUGGUGAAUGCGCCAGUCGUUACGGUGCUGCUGAAUCUGCCGCCAAAGAAGCUGUGAAAUUAGCCGGCUCAUUAAACUCGGCCCUGGUAUCCUCAAACCAUGCUAACGGCACUGUCCCUUCUGAAAGUGCCCACGCCAUCACAGAGCUCUGUAAGAAUUUGGCUGCCACCUGCGGAGAAAAGUUUACCGCUGCUACCCGAGAUAACGACAUGAUUUAUCAUGAAACCGCGCCUCAAGAAUCCAUUUUGACUCCUAUCGAUCGACUUAAGGCCGUUAAAUCGAUCCCUAUGAACGAACUUUAUGCCCCCGAAGAAAUGAAAAAGAUUAUCGGUGCGGAUUUGUUUUGCAAGCUGAUUCCCAUUAGCGUUCAUGAGAGUGCAUCACUUUAUUCGGAGGAAAAAGCCAAAUUACUUCGCUCUGAAAACGAACGUUGUGAUAUCUCCAAAGCCGAAUUAAAUGCUUCGCUAGAUUACAUGAAGUUACCAGCUUCACUUUCCAAGUUUAAGAACCAACAGCAGGCAACACAAUCUUUGGAUAGUUAUGCUUCUCCGCCUUCCGAAGUCAAAGGAUGGGCUGACCAAGUCGCCGCGGAUGAACGGCGUACGAACAUUGGCGAAUUGCUAAACUCUUUAACCUCUUUAAGAGCAAGAGCAAGACAGGCUUUAGAUGAAGCUUCGCUGAAUAUGGAUAAGGAGAUGAGAGAGUGUGAACAAGGAAGAGUAAAAUAUGGCGAGCAAUGGACACAACCACCAUCAGGUCCUCUCACUAGUGAAUUUAGACACGAUAUCAACAACCACCGUCAUACCUUGGAUGGUGCCUCUCAGUCUGACAAUCAACUUGUUGCAAAGUAUGAGUCUGUUCGACGCAACAUUGAUAUUUUGAAACACGGUGGACAGAGCCGUGAAUUAGAGAGAGCAUAUGCCGAAUGCAUCUCUGUGCUUGCUGAUAGUAAGCAAAAUAAGGACCCUGGUAUGAACUUGCUGGAUAUUGAUACAUCCGGAUCCGAAAAGAAGACUGAGAGUUUAAACGAAAAGGUGAAGCGAGUAGAAUCUAUCCUUGAGAAAUUGCGCAAGAUUGAAAGUGACCGUGAUGACACAUUCCGUGAUUUAAAAGACAAGACAUUGCAAGAUGAUAUCUCUCAGCUGCUAAUUUUGAACAAGAAGGCCAACAUCGAGCAACAAAUCUUUGCUGCAGAACUCGAAAAGUUUCGCCCUCAUCAACAACGUAUCUCGGCUACUAUACAACAUCAACAGCAAGCCAUUCAGGAUUUGACAGAAGCGUUUAAGGAACUAAUGGAAGGUGACGAAGCACAAAAUUUGCAAUCACAGCAUGAUAAAGCGGACCGUCUUGUUCGUAACUUGACAGCAGAUUUCAGUGAGGCAAAGACCAUAUAUUUUGAGUUGAAGGAAGGCUUAAAUCGAGGCGUCCAAUUUUAUUCGGGCGUUCAAGACACUGUGGAUAAUUUAAGCAGAAAUAUUUCUAGAUUUAUUACAGAAAGAUCUAAUGAAAGAAGUCGCUUGAUGGAUGAAAUUGAAAGUCAAAAGAGUACUAGGGAACAAGAGUUGCUUCGCGAGACUUUAAACAAGUAUGCAAGUGCCCCUGCUCCCUCCGCCAUGUCUCAUCUUACCAAUCAAACUCGUCAAUUAUCCAUGAACGAACCUACAGCACCUUAUAAUCCUGGAUUUACACCUGCUCCCCCACCAAAGCCUCAAGCCUUCCAACAGCAGCAACAACCUCCACCAUCGCCUUAUGGCAUCUAUGGUGCCUCCACUGCUCCCAGCGCUACCCCUUAUCAACAACCUUACCAACAACCCUAUCAACAACAACAACAACAACCACAACAACCACAAUCUCCAUACCAUGGUCAACAGGCACAAUUUAACCGUCCUGUGUACAACAAUCAACAUAGUUACCAGCCCCAAUACCAACCUCCACCCUCCCAAAUAAAUUAUUACGCACAACCUCCUCAACCACAAUACCGUCCCCAGCAGCAACAACAACAGCAGAUGAAUCCCCCUGCAGGUGUGAUGGGUGCACCUCAAGGUUAUCAACCUCAUUACCAACAACAACCACAAUGGCAGCCACAACCACAACAACAACAAUGGCAACAGCAGCAACAGCCUUAUCAACAAAGACCUCCUCCUCCUCCAUCUGGUGGUAGUGGGAAUUUGUUGGACUAAAAUAUAUAAUUUUAUUACACGAUUGAAAAAAUAAAAAAAAAUGAGUAUUUAUCAUUGA